GCGCGCUCGGGCCCGGGCGGAGGCGGAGGGGCCACGCUCCUCCCUGGCCGCCCCCGCCAUGGCCGACAACGAGAAGCUGGACAACCAGCGCCUCAAGAACUUCAAGAACAAAGGCCGCGACCUGGAGACUAUGAGAAGACAAAGAAAUGAAGUUGUUGUGGAGUUGAGAAAGAACAAAAGAGAUGAGCAUCUCCUAAAGAGAAGGAAUGUUCCUCAUGAAGAUAUCUGUGAAGAUUCUGAUGCAGAUGGGGACUUUAGAGUGCAAAACACUUCUUUGGAAGCAAUAGUACAGAAUGCUUCAAGUGACAACCAGGGUAUUCAGUUAAGUGCUGUGCAGGCAGCAAGGAAGCUGCUGUCCAGUGACCGCAAUCCACCCAUUGACGACCUAAUAAAAUCAGGAAUAUUACCAAUCCUAGUGCACUGCCUUGAAAGAGAUGACAAUCCUUCCUUACAGUUUGAAGCUGCGUGGGCUCUGACAAACAUUGCCUCUGGAACCUCAGAACAAACCCAGGCUGUAGUUCAAUCCAAUGCUGUGCCACUCUUCCUGAGACUGCUGCAUUCACCUCAUCAAAAUGUUUGUGAGCAAGCAGUGUGGGCUUUAGGAAAUAUCAUAGGUGAUGGACCCCAGUGUAGAGAUUAUGUCAUUAGCCUUGGAGUAGUGAAGCCACUGCUGUCCUUCAUCAGCCCCUCCAUCCCCAUCACCUUCCUCAGGAAUGUCACCUGGGUCAUGGUCAACCUGUGCCGCCACAAAGACCCCCCGCCCCCGAUGGAGACCAUCCAGGAGAUCCUGCCAGCACUCUGUGUUCUAAUUCACCACACAGAUGUAAAUAUUUUGGUGGACACAGUCUGGGCUCUCUCCUAUCUCACGGACGCUGGCAACGAGCAGAUCCAGAUGGUGAUAGACUCUGGAAUUGUCCCUCACUUGGUUCCUCUCCUCAGCCACCAGGAAGUCAAAGUCCAGACAGCUGCACUCAGAGCUGUGGGGAACAUUGUCACUGGCACCGAUGAGCAGACACAGGUUGUCCUCAACUGUGAAGCUCUCUCACAUUUCCCAGCACUUCUGACACAUCCCAAAGAAAAAAUUAAUAAGGAAGCAGUGUGGUUCCUAUCUAACAUCACUGCAGGAAACCAGCAGCAAGUUCAGGCAGUAAUAGAUGCAAACCUUGUUCCAAUGAUAAUCCAUCUUCUAGAUAAGGGGGAUUUUGGGACUCAGAAAGAAGCUGCUUGGGCAAUAAGCAACUUAACAAUCAGUGGGAGAAAAGACCAGGUGGCUUACUUAAUUCAACAAAAUGUAAUUCCUCCCUUUUGCAAUUUGCUGACAGUAAAAGAUGCACAAGUUGUGCAAGUGGUUCUGGAUGGACUAAGUAAUAUUUUAAAAAUGGCUGAAGAGGAAGCAGAAACCAUAGCCAACCUUAUAGAGGAGUGUGGAGGCCUGGAGAAAAUUGAACAACUACAAAACCAUGAAAAUGAAGACAUCUACAAACUGGCUUAUGAGAUCAUUGAUCAGUUCUUCUCUUCAGAUGAUAUUGAUGAAGAUCCAAGCCUCGUUCCGGAAGCGAUCCAAGGCGGAACGUUUGGUUUCAAUUCAUCUGCCAACGUACCAGCAGAAGGGUUCCAGUUUUAGAGUGGUAUUUUGGAAGUUUAGGUCCAAUGCAGCACUGAAUAAAAAAAAAAAAAAAGGUUUGAUCCAUCAA